AAGCUCUCAACCUGAAAGCUUCUGACGUUCUACGGAGUAUAAAAAGCUAGUAUUCAAAGCGAUUCUUUAGUUUAAAUCUUAUUUUCUGUGCAAUGAUUUCUGGAAUAUUUGGUGUACUUCUGGCUCUUUGUGGGGCGUUUCUUGUGGAUGCUGCUGGAAGUGACAGGUUUCGUAAGAAGCAUGUAUUCCAGUGCCCCAUGGAAUAUGGAAUCUUUGCCAAUCCUCACAACUGCCGCAGAUUCUACACUUGUAACGGCUUCGUUCCUUACGACACUCCUUGCCCCAAUCCCCUGUAUUUCGACGAUGCGAGAAAGAUCUGCACAUACAAAACGAAAGAUCUGCAGUGCGGACCUGUUGCUGUCACUACUACUGAACCUACCACUGUAGAUCCUGAAGCUGUUCCAAGCUGUGACUCGAGGAACUGUCGUCUUCCAGAUUGCUUUUGUAGUGAAGAUGGUACCCUCAUUCCCGGCAAUCUGCGUCCUCAAGACACACCUCAAAUGAUUAUUUUAGCUUUCAGUGGUGCUUUGAAUAUCUUGAAUGCAGAACCCUUCGGUUACCUCUUAAAUGAGACUAGGCUCAAUCCAAAUGGGUGUCCCAUUAGAGGAACUUUCUUUGUUCCUCAUGAAUAUACCAGCUAUUACUACGUCCAAAAACUUUAUGGCCAAGGACACGAGAUAGCUAUGCAGACUAUCAGUAAUCGUCAACCAGAAGAAUUUUGGCCCCAAGCGAGUUAUAACGACUGGGUUGAAGAAGUGAUUGGCAUGAGAGAUAUUCUGCAUAAUUUAGCCAAUGUUUCCGAUGGCGAUCUCCUUGGCAUGAGAGCACCUUUCAUGAAACCUGGUGGCAAUAACAUGUUUUCUAUGAUUUACGAAUAUGGCCUGGACUACGAUUCAUCGCUCGCAGCCCCCGAAUCCGAAGUUCCAUUAUGGCCUUACACCUUGGACUACCGUCAUCCUCAUAAAUGUCUUUCAGAGAACUGUCCCACUCGUUCGUUUCCUGGUAUAUGGGAGUUUCCUUUGAACACGUAUACUGCUUCCGAUGGUACAACAUCAUCUUGUGUUUAUUUGGACAACUGUAUUUUUCCGGAGGAUGCGGAGGUAAUAUUUGAUUUCUUAAGCUAUAACUUUUACAGACAUUACGAAACCAAUAGAGCCCCUUUCGUCCUAAACUUCCACGUGAACUGGGUCACCAAAGAGGAAAAGGUAACAGCUUUGGAUGUGUUCAUAGAUCAUGUGCUAGAAAACUACCCGGAUGUUUGGUUCGUAACUAUGCAGCAAGCUCUCGACUGGAUCCGAAACCCUGUGCCAUUGGAGCACGCCAAAAGCUUCGAAGCCUGGAAAUGUCCUAGAGUCCGAAUGCCAGGCUGUAAUAUUCCUCGAACUUGCCGUUUGAAGCUGGAAGAUGGAGUUCGAGAGGAUGUCCGUUAUUUGCAGCUAUGUGGAAAAUGUCCUGCGAAAUAUCCUUGGUUAGGUAAUAUUAGAGGCACCAAAGAAGGCAAGAAAGUCCAGGAACUUGUUCAGAGAGCCACGUCUUAAAUUGUUAAACGAUGUUAUUUGUUUUUGUUAUAAAAAUGUUAAGUUAUCGAAAAUUUAAAUAAAUCUCUUUGAACGCA